UAUUACGGAUAAUAUGAAACAUAUUCACUGACGAGGAAAAUCGUACUGAAUUGAUAUUUACUCUGGAUUUGACAAUUGGAAAAAUGGAUUAUACUUUACCUGGAAUUGAUUAUACUUACGAAAACUACUAAUUGGAAUACUUACGAAAGACAAUAUAUUAAGAAUUUAAAUUUGAAGAAAAGAAAUACGUAAGACUAGGCAGUAUGGUCGUAAGACUAUAGCCUGUCCUCUAAGGACGAAGGAAAGAAAAAAUUCUCUAUGGUAUGUUGUUUUCUGCUCUUGGAGACUAAAAUCUUGCCGAUUCAAAAGUUUAUCAGCAUCUUUAACUUUUUAUAUGUUAUAAGAUAUUUCAAAAUGGACCUCAUAGAAUCAAUAAAAAAGGACAAAGCGUACCUCAAGUGUAAACUGAUUGUGAAAACCUGGGAAAAUGAAUUCAAGACAAUGUAUUCUCGUACACCUUCGAAAUUUGACAUAAAAGAAGCUCCUUCGAAAAUCAAAUAUGCGUAUAAAAAAUACUUUCAGUUAAAAAGUACCGCUUUAGAAAAUUCCCUUUCUGUGUGUGAUAUUGACGAAAACAUAGAUAUGUCUCUCGAGCCUAUUUCUAAUGACACAUUGAAAUCAGUCCCCACAACUCCAGAAAAGGACAUGCCUAUGUUGCCCACUGGUCAAGAACUCGAUAACCUUAUAUCACAAGUUCAAGUUCAGCAUUGCUCUAACAAACUUCAUCCAUGCACAGAAAAUUUGUCAAAGAAGCUAUUCCAUAACAGAAAAUUUUCUCUACGAAAUCCUAGAAAAUUAGGUGUCGCAAAAUCGCAAUCUGCAUUGGAUACCAUAAUUAAAAGAUCAAGUCAAGAACAUGGUGAAAAAACGUUUAAUUCAGAAUCUAUUUUGACAGAUGAAACAAUAAAACCAUAUACCGAUUUAGAAAAAAUAAUUAUUCCCACACCAUUACUUAAAUUUAAUGAUUGUAAAAACAGCCCAAAUGUACGAGUAUUAGAUAAAGCAUGGCUGAAGAGAACGACAGGAAUAGAGACUGAAGAAUUAGAGUAUAAUAGCUGUUAUGAAGAAUCCAAGAAAUUUGGUAUUAGAAAUAUAGACAUACCAACCAAAAAUACUUUGGAUAUCGUAGAAAACAGUGAAUCAGAGGAUGAUAUUGCAAUCAGCAAAUUAAAACCAGCGUUAAAGAAAAGAAAAAUGCAUAUUUGUGAUUUUGAAAAUCAGGGCAGGCAUAAUGAAACGAUCAACAAUGUUAAAAUAGAUAAUGAAAAACAAUGGUCAACUAAAAAGGAAACCAAUAAACACAAAGUAAAAAAGCAAGUUGGAAAAGUAAACUGUGAAGCAGAAGAUUCUCCACCAGAUAUUAAAGAAUAUGUUCCUUUUGCUCUAGAUAAAGAUAUACUCCCAAGACAUUCGGAAGUACUGAAAAAUAUGAAUACAACUGGUCCUGCCUCUAAAGAGGAUAAAAAACAAGAGAAAGCAGAAAGCUCAGCAAGUGCAGCAAUAACAAAUAAAAUAAAAUUGGGUACUCUAAAUGAUAACUUUGUUAAAAUUAAUAGAAAAAAGGUAUUUGUUAGAGGAAAGAAAAGUAUAAAUUUUUCAAAAUAUAAAAACAGCAAUGGAAAAAUAAAAGCUCUUCACGGAGGCAUGGAAUUUCCUGAAUCUGGAAAAAUAUCAUGUUUCAAGUGUGGAGGUACCGGACAUAUGUCAAUAUAUUGUGCUGCUCAUAAAGGAGAAUCUCUUUUACCUUUGGAAAGUUACAAUGAUAAUGAUUUGCCAACACUUGGAGACAUGCAAAAAUAUGUUUCAGACCAAAGUAAUGAAAAGCAGACACUUUCAGAGCAAUUAAAUGUUACAUUCAAGCCAAGUGAAAUUCCUGAAUCCUUUUUAAGUAUUUUAAAAGAGCCCUCAAACAGUUGUAAUGCUAACAUAAAACCUGUAUACAAUACCUCUCAAGAAAUACCCACAAAUGAUCUCCUAGAUGUUCUUCAUAAGUUUGGGCAUGAAUCAUUUAAAUCAGGUCAAGAACAAACCAUAAAACGCAUAUUAUGUGGUAUGUCAACACUACUUAUAUUGUCUACAGGUGGUGGUAAAUCCCUUUGUUAUCAAUUACCUGCUUAUAUUUACAGUCAGCACUACAAAUGUAUUACUUUAGUGAUUUCUCCACUUGUUUCAUUAAUGGAAGAUCAAGUGUUAAAUAUGCCAGAAUUUUUAAAAGCUGGUUGUUUGCACACUAAUCAGUCACCUACACAAAGACGUAAAAUUGUACAAUGUUUAAAGGAUGGCUUAAUAAAUAUUUUGUUGAUUUCUCCUGAAGCAUUAAUAUCUGGUGAUACAUCUAAUGGAUUUGCAGGCCUAUUUAAAUCCUUGCCCCAAAUUGCAUUUGCUUGUAUUGAUGAGGCUCAUUGUGUUUCACAAUGGAGUCACAACUUCAGACCCAGCUAUUUAAUGAUCAGCAGAGUCUUACGAGAAAAACUAAAUGUUAAAUGUAUACUUGGUCUAACGGCUACAGCCUCUCAGACCACUAUUAAAAGCAUUAUUCAACAUUUAAAUAUUUCUGAUGGUAUUAGUGGGGUAAUUACAAAUCCUAAUUUACCUGAUAAUCUUUGUUUGUCUGUAUCAUUUGAAAGAGAUAAGGAUAAGGGGCUUAUAUCCUUUUUGAACUCUGAACGAAUCUCAUCAUUCAAUUCUAUUAUUGUUUAUUGCAUACGUAGAGAUGAAUGUGAAAGAGUGGCUGCUAUGUUAAGAUCAAGCCUUCAGGAAGUUGGGAAAAUGAAUAUGGAAAAACCGAGCAAAAAACGGAAAAGAAUGUCUUAUAUUGCUGAAUCUUAUCAUGCUGGGAUGUCAGCAGCUCAAAGGAAAAAAAUUCAGACUCACUUUAUGAAUGGCGCCCUGAGAAUUAUAGUUGCGACUGUUGCUUUUGGUAUGGGUAUAAAUAAAUCUGAUAUCAGAUGUAUAAUUCAUUACAAUAUGCCGAGUAGUUUUGAGUCUUAUGUACAAGAAGUUGGAAGAGCUGGACGUGAUGGUCAACUGGCAAUUUGUCAUGUAUUGAUGAAUAACAGUAAUAAUGAUAAAAAUGAACUUUUGAAACAUAUUCAUGCAAACUCCAUCGACAGGCCUACUAUAAGAAAACUACUUCAAAGAGUAUUUAUUCCAUGUGAGUGUUUAUCACACCAGUCAGAAUCCACUAACAAUCUAUCUAUUCAAUGUAAAGGUCAUGAAGUUGGAAUACCUAUAGAUGUCACAGUGGAAGAGUUGGAUUUGCCUUCAGAAAAUAUUGCUACAUUGCUUUGCUAUGUAGAACUCCAAACGAAAAAUUAUAUAAAAGUAUUAAAUAAUGCAUAUACUAUGUGCAAAAUCUCUUCUUAUGGAGGACCAAAAAUGAUACUCCUAGCUGCCAAAACCUGUGUUCCUCUAGCAACAGCAAUUCUUUUAGAAAGUAAAAAAGAUCCAUCAGUUGUAAACAAAAGUGUAAUAGAAUUUAAUGUUAUUGAUGUAGCUUCUGCAAUAGGUUGGGAGAGUGGUAUAACUAAAUACCAAUUAAAAAAUUUGGAAUGGAUAUCAGAAUCUGGAGCAGCUAGAAGAUCCCAUUUAAAAGUAGAAUUUCACACACUAGGAUUUAGGAUAAAAGCUAGAGGUGACUUAACAUCUACAGAACUUGAUAAUGUUUUAGAUGAGCUCCACGAAUCGGUACUAUUUCAAGAUAAAACGAAAUUAUAUCAAUUGGAGGAAUGUAAUGAGGCAUUUAAGCAACUUGCUAACUGCUUUAUAGACGAUGGUUAUUCAACUCUUAAUUUAGAAAAAUCCAAUGAACUUAAAUUAACGAUACGAAAUUACUUUGAAAGAGAAAAUAGUUUGCCUGAAUAUGUUGUAUUGCAAGAAAGAGCUCUAGAUACAGAAAGAGUUAUUAGUGAUGUUAGAGCUUUAAUAUCUUCAUAUAAAGAUUGCACUUUUACAGGCAGAAGUAUUGCCAGAAUUUUUCAAGGAAUUUCUUCACCUAAUUUUCCUGCCAUUGUUUGGGGAAGAUGUAAAUUUUGGCGUUCGCACACACAUGAAGACUUUAAUGGUUUAAUUACAAUAGCAACGCAGCAACUAAUGCAAAUGAAAAUUUAGUAUUUUGGUACAAAAACUUAUUUAAUGUUAUAUAAAAAAAGACUGUAUGAUGACUCUUGAUAAAAUAAAAUUACAUAAAUGACUA